AUGGAGGCAGGAGAGGAGGGGCUGUGGUUUCUGCCUUCCUCGGAGCCAGACCUGCAGCUGCUCAGGGUCAGCAGGAAGAUGCCGGGUGGGCUCCUGCUCCGGCUGCUCCUCACCAUGGCUCUGUGCCCCGGGCUCUGCAGGACAGGCUCGGUGCAGAACCUGCACCUCUGUGAGGGGUACAUGGGCCCCGACGGCCGCUCCCACCCCGGCUUCUACUGCCCGCGGCUGACGGACCCUGCCGGCCACCGGUACUGCUGCCGCCCUGGCCCCCGCACGCUCAAGUCCUGCUGCUCCCAGGCAGCCCUGGAGGCUCUCACUGGGGUGAACCUGUCCAGCCUGGCCGGCCCCGGCCUCCUGCGGAACCCACUGGCACUGCCCUUCGUGGGGCUCUAUGGGCUCCUCAUCCUCCUCCUCAUGGCCAUCGACCUCGUUCACUUCUACCGCACCCGGAGCUGCCGCCUCCUGCCCCUCGGCUCCCGCCUGCCCCGCGGCCUCCCGGGGGGGCACCGGCUGCUCUCCCGCUCCCCCCAGCCCCGCGGCAAUGGGGUCCCCGGGCGGGGCUGA